AUGUCGUCCACCGCCAUGUCCAAGAAGAAUAAGGGGAAGAAGGUGGCUGAUCCGAACGAAACCUCCAAAUUGCUGGCAGCCAAAAUUUCGCAGUUGGAGCAGGAUGCUGCCGGCGAGAAAGACCAAGAAGUGGAGAUUGAACGUGAAGUCAAGAAAGCAACCCGAGACCUGAAUCAGCUCCUCAACAACAUCGAAUCCCCCAUGACCCGUCUAGAGACGGUCCACAAAAAGUACACCGAGCUCUUGGCCGAUAUGAAAAAGCUGGAUCGCGAUUAUGCCAAAAGCAAGAAGCGCGCCGAUCAGUUGCAGAAGGACCAAGACAAGAGCAAGUCAGAGUUGACCAAGACUGUCACUAUGAAGGACAAACUGGAGAAGUUGUGUCGGGAGUUGACGAAGGAGAACAAGAAGGUCAAGGAUGACAAUAAGAAAUUGGAUGACACGGAGCAGAAGGCGCGAGUGAUUGUCAAUGAGCGCCUCGACUCGCUUCUUUUUGACAUCGAAGAUGUCAUGGCUGCCAACGGAAAUCCCCGUAGCGAGAAGGGCGAUGUUGACUUGGAUGAUUCGUACGGAGACCUUGAUAUUGGGCUUAUAGAAUGCCUUGCUAACUGUGACACCAGGCUACGUACCAAGCUCAAGACCAUCAGUGAGCAGUUCGACACUCGUGAGCUGCACUACAAGGGUCUCUUGCGCAGCAAGGACUCUGAAUUGCAAAGCCUCACCUUGAAGUUUGAGGAGCAGCGCCGGACUGCGGAGAAUGAGACUGCUCGGGGUCGAGCGUUGAGCACCCAGGUCUCCACCUUCUCACACACGGAAGCCGAGCUGCGCAGCCAGCUCAAUAUCUAUGUGGAGAAAUUCAAGCAGGUUGAGGACACCUUGAAUAACAGCAACGAGCUGUUCCUUACAUUCCGCAAGGAGAUGGAGGAGAUGUCCAAGAAGACCAAACGCCUGGAGAAGGAGAAUCAUACGCUCAAUCGUAAGCAUGAGCAAACCAAUCGCAAUAUUCUCGAAAUGGCAGAAGAACGUACUCGAAACCACGAAGAGCUGGAACGAUGGCGACGAAAGUGCCACCAUCUCGAGGCCCUGUGCCGUCGAAUGCAAGCUCAGGGUCGCGGCGAGGGAUUGGCAGAAAGUGAUCAUCUUGAGGGUGACGACGAGGGCACUGAGAGCGAAUAUGACGAAGAUUAUGAAGACGAAGAGGAGGAAGACAUUAGCGACGAGGAACUUGAUGGCACCGAUCAAGACGUCCCUGGCCGUGUUCAUCCUCCCGAACGACCUGUCUUUGGGCCACCUCCGCCCCCGAGCCUGUUGCACGCCCAUUCCAAUGGCAAGACUGUGGUCAAUGGCAAGACCGCGGUCAAUGGCUGCCACUGA